AUGGCUACCGAUUCAGGAGAGCCUGCUAGCACAGAAGAUUCUGAGAAACCUGAUGGAGUUUCAUUGGAAGACAGAGCUGCUCAGGUUGCAGCAACGUUGUCAGUAGAAGCUAGACUAAAAGAAAAAAAUAGUACUUUCUCUGCUACUGGGGAAACUACAGAAAGGAAGAGAUUCUUCCGAAAGAGUGUUGAGAUGAUGGAAGAUGAUAAAGUUGCUGAAUCUUCCUCCAAAGAUGAGAGAAUGAAGACCACAACAAAUAUUCCAAGAGUAGAAAAGCUUCCUACAAAUGUGCUGGGAGGUGGACAAGAAGUUAAAUACGAACAGUGUCAAAAGGCAACUUUAGAGUCCUCAAAAGAUUGUUUGAAGGAGAAAAAUGAAAAGGAAAUGGAAGAAGAAGCAGAAAUGAAGGCUGUAGCUACUUCUCCUAGUGGCAGGUUCCUGAAAUUUGACAUUGAGCUGGGAAGAGGAGCAUUUAAAACAGUAUAUAAAGGAUUGGACACUGAAACCUGGGUUGAGGUUGCUUGGUGUGAGCUGCAGGACCGUAAAUUAACCAAAGCUGAGCAGCAAAGGUUCAAGGAAGAAGCAGAGAUGUUAAAAGGUCUCCAACAUCCCAAUAUAGUUCGAUUUUAUGAUUCCUGGGAGUCUAUAUUAAAGGGAAAGAAAUGUAUCGUAUUGGUGACUGAACUUAUGACAUCAGGAACCUUAAAGACGUACUUAAAACGAUUUAAAGUCAUGAAACCAAAGGUCUUAAGGAGUUGGUGCAGGCAAAUUUUAAAGGGUUUGCAGUUCUUGCACACUAGGACUCCUCCCAUUAUUCACCGGGAUCUGAAAUGUGACAAUAUUUUCAUCACGGGACCCACUGGAUCUGUGAAGAUUGGUGAUCUAGGACUAGCCACCUUAAUGCGAACAUCAUUUGCUAAGAGUGUCAUUGGGACUCCUGAGUUUAUGGCCCCAGAGAUGUAUGAAGAACACUACGAUGAAUCUGUAGAUGUCUAUGCUUUUGGAAUGUGUAUGCUGGAAAUGGCUACUUCCGAGUACCCUUAUUCUGAAUGCCAGAAUGCAGCUCAAAUAUACCGAAAAGUAACUAGUGGCAUAAAGCCAGCCAGUUUCAAUAAAGUCACUGAUCCCGAAGUAAAAGAAAUCAUUGAAGGAUGUAUUCGUCAAAACAAAUCAGAAAGGUUGUCUAUCAGGGACCUAUUAAACCACGCAUUUUUUGCUGAGGAUACAGGACUGAGGGUGGAGUUAGCAGAGGAAGAUGACUGCUCUAAUUCGUCCCUGGCUUUAAGACUCUGGGUUGAAGACCCUAAAAAAUUGAAAGGCAAGCACAAAGACAAUGAAGCUAUUGAAUUCAGUUUCAAUUUAGAAACAGAUACAUCUGAGGAAGUAGCGUAUGAAAUGGUCAAGUCAGGAUUCUUCCAUGAAAGUGAUUCCAAAGCUGUUGCUAAGUCCAUUAGAGACCGGGUUACCCUGAUAAAAAAGACAAGGGAGAAGAAACCAGCUGGCUGUUUGGAAGAACGCAGGGAUUCCCAGUGCAAGUCUGUGGGGAAUGUACUCCCUCAGCACCAGAAUACAACUUUGUCCCCUGCUCCUGCUCAGCACACUGGGGCUGAAUGUGAAGAAACUGAAGUUGAUCAACAUGUUCGACAACAACUUCUACAAAGAAAACCACAGCAGCUCUGCUCCUCUGUUACAGGUGACAAUUUGUCCAAGGCAGGAGCUGGAUCUGCUAUACACUCAGAUACUUCAAGUCAUCCCAAUGUGGCCUAUUCCUCAGACCAGAAGAUGGGCUCUCAAGUGGUUUCCAACAUCCCACAGGCUGAAAUAAAUGUUCCAGGGAUGAUUUAUCCAUCUCAGCAGCGAGUAGGACAUUACCAGCAGAUUUCAGGGCUGCAACAGCAGCCAAAGCUGACUCAGCCCCACAUUUUGCCUUUGGUUCAAGGUCAGUCCACUGUUUUGCCUGUACAUGUCCUUGGACCUCCAGUUGUCUCACAACCCCAGGUUUCCCCAUUAUCUGUCCAGAAGGUCUCACAGAUAAAGCCUGUAUCCCAGGCAGUUGGAGUUGAACAACAAGCAACCCUUCUAAAACCAGAUUUAGUUAGAAG